AUUAUGAUCAAGAAAUUCCUACUCAUGCCUAUAAUUAGCUAUGUUGUUUAUUUGUCAAUCCAAAUACAUAGAAAUGAUACUUAUGUUAUAUCUAUCUUGAAUAUUGUAACUAAUAUGACUGGGUUCUAAUCUAUAAAUAAUACAGCUUGGAUUAUAAUCUUAAAUGUCAUUGCAUUUUCAAUUUUGUUUGGAAUUUCUUACAUCAAUUAUGCUUUGGCAAUCCUGUAAUUUAUUGUCCUUUUUUUGCAUAUUCAAACAUUAGAUGAUUUUGAAAUUACAGAAUUGAGUUAAGCAUUUAAAAUAGUAGCAGCUGAUAUUGCUAUUCUUGGAAUAUUGCUAGCUUCAAUAAAUUAAAAAUAUUAACAAAAAGUUGAAGAUGAAACACAACCUAAAGAGAAACAAGAGUGAUC